GUAGAUAUUUUGUAUUAUAAAAUUAAAUAACUUAUAAUAAGUAGAUAAAAUUGAAAUCUAAAUUACUAAAAUGCCUCCUAAUUCAGUGGAUAAAACAAAUGAAACAGAAUACCUCAAGGAUAAUCAUGUUGAUUAUGAAAAACUCAUUGCACCCCAGGCCUCGCCCAUCAAACACAAAAUUGUAGUGAUGAACGUGAUACGUUUUAGCUAUUUACAUAUUGCUGGUCUAUAUGGACUUUAUCUCUGUUUCACCUCAGCAAAAUUGGCUACAUCGGUUUUUGCUAUUGUGUUAUUCUUCCUUGGGAACUUUGGUAUUACAGCUGGAGCUCAUCGUCUGUGGUCUCAUAAUGGUUACAAAGUCAAACUGCCCCUCGAGAUCCUGUUGAUGGUCUUCAACAGUAUUGCUUUUCAGAACACCAUUUUCACAUGGGUGAGAGAUCACAGGCUACAUCACAAGUAUACGGACACUGAUGCAGACCCUCAUAAUGCUACGAGAGGUUUUUUUUUCUCACACAUCGGCUGGUUGUUGGUGCGAAAACAUCCAAUGGUGAAAAUUGCUGGAAAGAGCCUUGACAUGUCAGAUAUUUAUUGUAAUCCUCUUUUAAGAUUUCAGAAAAAGUACGCAAUACCAUUUAUAGGAACAAUAUGUUUUAUCAUACCGACAUUAGCUCCAAUGUAUUUUUGGGGUGAAAGCUUAAACAACGCUUGGCAUAUUACAGUUUUAAGAUACAUUUUCAGUCUCAAUGGCACUUUUCUUGUAAAUAGCGCUGCUCAUUUGUGGGGAUACAAACCGUACGAUAAGAGCCUGAAAGCUACUCAAAGUGGCAUGGCAAAUGCAUUUACUUUUGGUGAAGGAUUUCACAAUUACCAUCACGUUUUUCCGUGGGAUUAUCGGGCAGACGAAUUGGGGGACAGGUACAUAAAUUUGACAACAAGGUUCAUAGAUUUCUUUGCAUGGAUGGGAUGGGCUUAUGAUCUGAAAACUGCUUCCACCAAUAUUAUUGAGAAGAGGGCACUAAGAACAGGGGAUGGGACUUACAAACGACCAAAUGGAAUGAAUUGAAACAGUCUUCAAAAAGCUUCUUUGCGUAAUAUCACUUUUUUGAUGACUUUUGCAAAGUUAUUCAAAAACAGGCUAGCGGAAUAUCAUAUUAUAAUAAUUCUUAUCUUUUGAAAUAACUUUUCUUAAUUUUUGCUGGUAAUUUUUGUAUUGGGUUUUAUUGUAUUAAUUUAAACUUAUACAUUUUUUUAUUAGUUUUAAGUCAAAUUCUCAAGCUAAUAAUUGGUUAUAAAAGGAACAUUACUUUAUCUCCAUAAGCGUGUGAAGUUUCCAAGCUUCGUAACAGUCAUUUUAUUAAGUAAGGCGUUUGUAUAUUUUAUUGAAUACGAAUUUUUAAACGCAAUAUAGGCGUUUCUCUCCUAUAUUAAAAUAAUUUCGCCUUAUUGGGCUUUGUUAGAAAACUUGAUAGUGUUUGAAAUUUAGAUAGAAUUUUGUUUAGUUUUGUAUUCGUAUACAUGGCUUUUGUUUUUUUGAUACCCCUACUUGAAUUUAUUUUCAAAAAGUUUUGUGAAAUAAUGAAUAGACAUAUUGAUUUCACUAAAACAGAAGUGUCAGGGAACAUGUAUAUAUGAACGUGAAAUACGAACCAAAUAAUUGUGGUGAAGCGUUUUCUCGAUAAAUGAUAAGGAUCGUAAAAAAACGUGAUUCAUUACUGCAUUUCGAUUCUGCUUUUGAGUCACAUAAAAUAUUUUCACCCGCUAAAUACUAAAACGUUUUAGCUAUAACUAUGUCUAUACAGCCAUUUUGCCGUAAUGUAUUUUAACAUAAUACAUAAUCGUCCAAUGUUUUUGCAAUUAUUUUUUUAGAUUAUAGUAAUACAUAGUCAUGGAUACAAAGUUGUUUUACAAUAGCGUAGAUGCCUGUUAUUGGAUUAAAAGAAGGAUAGAAUAGAUAUGGUUUUGUAUCUAAAUAAAUUAUUUUAUCGAAUUAACGUUGGAAAA